AUGCUACUUGAUCGAGGCUUCAAAAUUGACAUGAAAUCACUACCCAUUGAUUGUUCUUUUUGUCAAUGGACUGGUAUCUUAAGUAACUAUCAAGAACAUAUUGAUCAAUCUCAUUCAUAUCUCAGAUGCGAAUAUUGUGACGAAGAGUUCAACUCAGUUAACAAAUUCAAUCAACAUAAAGUCUUCGAAUGUCAACAAAUCAUUUUUGAUUGUAUAUUGAAAGACUUUGGUUGUUCUGGACGAAUUAUACGUGCCAAAAUACAAGAUCAUUAUUUGACUGAACAACAUCAACAUGCCAUACUCAAUGUUGUUCGUCAAACAUUAUCACAAUUAAAAGACAGACAAGUGAAUGUUGAUCUUCCUCGAACAACAACUGCAAGAGCUUGUAAUUCGACUACGGCACAAUUCGAAGAGCUGUAUGAAAUGCUCACUAUCUUAGUAGGUGGUAUUGAGACAUUAACCAAUGAUGACCAACGCCUAGCCGAUGAGUCCCUACAAAUACAAAUGGCACUUUCAACAUUAACAGAAGAACUGUCGAAAGUUAAAUUAUCUAUUGAAGAGUCAAAUAUUUUUUGGAAAGGAGUACAUCUUAAUCAAGACAUUCUCAAUCAAGAUCUAUCAUCACUACAAGUAAAAGUCAACGAUUUACAAUGUGUUUCAUAUGAUGGGAUAUUGGUUUGGAAAAUAGCAAGCUUUCAAAAGAAAAUGAUUGAUGCACAAUCUGAAAGACAAACAUCAAUUUAUUCUCCUCCAUUUUAUUCAUCUCCAAAUGGGUAUAAAAUGAGAGCUCGUCUUUACUUAAAUGGUGAUGGAAAUGCUCGUCAUACACAUAUGUCACUCUUUUUUGUACUCAUGAGAGGUUUAAAUGAUCCAAUUCUCAAAUUUCCAUUCAAUUAUACGGUGAUAUUUUGUUUGUAUGAUCAAACUCCUCAACAACGACAUAUCAUCGAUUCAUUUCGACCAGAUAUUAAAUCGAAUAGUUUUCAGCGACCUCGAUCGGAUAUGAAUAUAGCUAGUGGUAUACCAAAAUUUUUCCCAUUAGAAGUGAUUCAACAGGAAGGAAAUCCGUAUGUCAGAGACGAUACAAUGUUUAUCAAAAUUAUGGUUAAUUUUGAAGAAACACCUAAAACAUUAUUAUCCUAUGUUGUGAGUCUCAAUCCAGGUCUACCAAUGCAUAUUCAACAAGCAAUGAUUAAACAAGAAGCUGAACGAAGAAUGCAAUUACAAUCUGGCGACCAACUACAGAUACCUUAA